AUGGCCGAGGAGGACAUCGAUCAUCUAAAUGACAUAGAAACACAAUACUUGAAGUUGCAGCAGAAGAAACUGCGCAUCCAGAUCAAAGAAAGAGAACUAUUCUUCAGGAUUCAAGAUCUGCAUGUGAAAUCAAGAGAUACGGAAAACAUCAACAGGACCAUUAACACCAUGUUGCACUCAGAGAAAUCUCUCGAAGGAAGUCUGAUCAUCCUUAAGGAUGGACUAGCAGGAAUGAUGGUAAUGAAAUUUGGGCCUCCCUCGUAUCUCUCAGGAUUAAAAAAAAUGCAGAUGAAUCAUGGUGACCCAGACCUUGAUACUAUUCACAGUGCUCGAGAGAAGUUGUAUGAGCAGAAGGACAGGAUGAAUGUACGGGAGGAGAAACUCAACGCUCGUUUGGUGAAGGCUGGAGAACGUCUGGCGAAGGACGGUGAAUUGGCUCUUUUCACACAAGCUUCGAAUAAAGUGGCCCUGAAGACGCUCGUAAGUAUGCACCACGACAUCGAAAAGUUGGGGAAAGUCUUGGUAGCUGCUGAAUUGGAAGAGGACUAUGAUAUGAAGAGUAAUGAUGAUGACCAGGAUGGAGAUGAGAACCAGGAUCUGAAUGAACGUAAACGUGGGUAUCAAAGUCAGGAUGAGGAUGAGUAA